GCACUGCAAGUUGCAGAAGAACGAAGGAAAGCAAAAAUCAAGGGAGAUAGAUCAGCUAUGUUUGAAUUAAAUAAAGAUUUUCAGAAAUUAGCUAGAAGAGAUAAAAAUAUAUUCUUUAAUGAACAGUGCAAGGAAGUUGAAGAUAGUAACGUAAUGGGGAAGACAAGAGAUCUUUAUAAGAAAAUUAGAGAAAUUAAAGGAAAAUUCCAGGCAAAAAUUGGAAUGAUAAAAGAUAGAAACGGGAAAGAUCUGAGUGAAGCAGAGGAUGUUAAGGAAAGAUGGGCAGAAUAUGUAGAAGACCUAUACAAGAAAGAACUGCGUCAUGACAGGGCUCCUACUGCUGAUGUUAAUGUUAAUUUUGAACUAGAGCCAGAUAUUUUGGAGAGCGAAAUCCAGUGGGCCCUCGAAAAUAUGGCUGAUAACAAAACUAGUGGACAUGAUGAAAUACCAGCAGAAUUGUUUAAAGUCACUGGAAAGGAUGCUGUGAAAGUGCUGCACUCAAUAUGUCAAAAAAUAUGGAUCACGCAGCAGUGGCCAGAAGACUGGAAAAGAUCAGUAUUCAUCCCCAUUCCAAAGAAGAAAAGUUCUAAAGAAUGCUCAGAUUACCGAACAAUCGCACUUAUUUCACAUGCUAGCAAAGUUAUGUUGAAAAUCUUACAAAAUAGACUUCGCCAAUAUCUAGAUCGAGAGCUGCCAGAAGAACAAGCUGGAUUUAGGAAAGGAAGAGGAACUAGAGAUCAAAUUGCUAACAUUCGGCGGAUUAUGGAAAAAGCGAGAGAAUUCCAGAAAUAUGUGUACCUCUGCUUUAUUGACUACGCCAAAGCCUUUGACUGCGUCGAUCACAACCUAGAGGAAGAACUGGAGACUGAUGAGCCUUCUGAUUGUGAUUCUGAUCUGUGCGAUGGAUAUACAAGAGAGGGUGAUGAUCGAAACAGUGUAAUGGAAGAUUUGGAAGAAGAUAGUGUGGACAUAGAAGAGAACUUCUACAAGACAAGUGAAGAACAAUCGGAAGUAGAUAACGUCGACAAGGAAGAGAACCUCAUCAAGGCAAUGUUGGAAGCAUUGAAUUUGGUGAAGAUAACCACAUUAGAAAGAGCUGAGAGUAACUUGAAAGGCAUCUCAACCAAAGACGACAUACCGAAGGAGGAUGAUGAAUCGAAGAUGCGUGAAAUGGAAGAGGAAGAAAGAGAAGUAGCUGAGAACGAAACAACGUUUGAUGACAUAAAAAGGAUCCUUUUGAAAAUUCCUGCGUGGUCCGACAUCAGUGCAGAGGAUAUAGAAAAACGGCUCGCAUGUGAUUCUCCGGACCCUGGAUUCCAAAUUCUCAGCGACGAUGAAAUCAUGCAAAGUGUGAGAGAAGAAACUGAUGGUCAAUGGGAAAACAUUGUCAGUGAACCAGACGCGGGACCGUCAGCCGUUGAGGCGUUUGCAUGUCUUGACACUGCGCUGACAUGGAUGGAGCGGCAGCCUGAGUGUGACCAUGUACAACUGCUCACCGCCAAGCGGAUGCUACACUUGGCUACACGGAAAUGA